AUGAAUGCACGUAGGGGGUGGAUGGGGCCUGUCGCACCGGCGACGGGUCAGGAUGCGCCCGUGCGGCUGAAUGUGUUGUUGGGUAUGCAAAUGUACCGUCCGCCUCCCUUCACACCAUUUAUGCUUCUUUUCUUUUCUUUUCUUGCCUGUCCUUUUCUGUGUGUGUGUGUGUGUGUCUGCUGCCUCGCUUCCUCCAUUCCUGCAGUAGAGGGGAGGAGGGGGAGGAAAAUGUCGUCUAUAGCGAAAAGGAUGCUGGAGCGUCACGGCUGGAAGGAAGGCAUGGGACUUGGCAAGAACGCGCAGGGCGUGUCAACGUACGUAAAGGUGGUGCGCCGCGACCCACACACCACCACAGGCCUCGGACACGCCGCGGAUGCCACACAAGCGCCGCAGGCCUCAACGUUCUCCGUGGAACUGGACGCCGUGUACGCGGACAUGUCAAGGACAGGGAAGAAGAAGGAAGAAGAGGCAGACAGGGGCGGCGGUGUCAAUCGAUGUCGAGGCGGAGGUGAAAAGCCCCAAAGAAGUGAAGAGGGAAAAGAGGGGACGGCAGCACAGCACAGGGAGCUGCAAUAG